CUUUCCUUUUUUUCCUUUACUCACGCAAAGUAUAAAUAGGAGAAUCCCUGUUGUAGUUGAAAUUAAGUGAUCAACCGAAGGGGAGCGACGGACCUCCAUCUGCCCCAUCGGAGCUCUUGGUUCCCAAGGCGGACACGUGAUGCGUCUUGAUGCUGGUUGUCUGAUUAAACCCAUACAUCUGGCUUACAUCUCCGACCAUUAACCGCUGGGUCCGAGCCGGUGAGUCAGAGCGUUUCUCCACUCGCUGCGUUCAGCCUCACGCUGGCCAUGUGGUGGAUGCUGUUCCCUCGGUGGAUAUGGUUCUUGGCGUACCUUUGCGCGUGGAUGGACCCCCACGCCACAGCGAUGCCUCGUGCAGCCCCUUCACAUGCCGGCAUCUGCCCCAACGAGAUGAACCCCAACCUCUGGGUGGACGCGAUGAGCACUUGCACACGAGAGUGUGAACACGAUCAGGCGUGCGAAAGCUUCGAGAGGUGCUGCUCCAACGUGUGCGGCACCCGGAGCUGCGUGGCGGCGCGUCACGUCGACGCCAACAAGGGCCCCGUGGGCGCCCCCCAGGGGCCCACCUGCGCCGGCUCCACCUGCCCCCAGCAGGGCUCCACCUGUGACAUCUGGGACGGCCAGCCGGUGUGCCGCUGCCUGGACCGCUGCGAGCGCGAGCCGCUGUUCACCUGCGCCUCCGACGGCAUGACGUACUACAACCUGUGCUACAUGGACGCCGAGGCCUGCUCCAAGGGCAUCAGCCUCUCCGUGGUCACCUGCCGCUUCCACCUCACCUGGCCCAGCACCAGCCCCUCGCUGGCCCCCCGCACCACGCUGCGGCCCACCACCGCCACCCUGCCCGCCACCACAGCCCCGCCCGCCCCCCCCGCCCGGCCCCAGCCGCCCGUGCUGCUCAGCAGCCCCGUGCACCAGGCGGUGGGCGUCGGCGACACGGCCAGCUUCCUGUGCGACGUGGGGGGGCGGCCGCGGCCCGCCAUCACCUGGGAGAGGCGGCGGGACCCGGUGGGGGGGGCCGGCGCCGAGCGCGUCCCGCUGGGACCCAACACCGUGCGGGGCAACAUGGUGGUCACCAACAUCGGACAGCUGGUCGUCUACAACUCCCAGCCGGGGGACUCGGGGGUGUACACCUGCACGGCGGAGAGCCCCCUGGGCUCGGUGGCGGCCAACCACACCCUCACCGUGCUACCCAGCCAGCCCCCCGCCGCCGCCGCCGCCGCCGCCGCCGCCGAGAACGUUAGCCGCUGUCUGCCCGAGGCCUGCGUCAGGCCCCCCGGGGCCCCUGGGAACAGCAGCGGUGCGGCGGACUGCGGGGGCGACCAGGCGGAAGUCGUCUGGUACUACGAGCCCGCCAGCAACAGCUGCCUCUCCCUGACCUCCUGCCCCAGCGGAGGCCCCAGCGAGGGCCUCAGCCCACCCCAGGGGCCCCGGGGGCCCCGGGUGUUCCAGAGCUUCGAGGAGUGCAUGCGGUGCUGCGGCCCCGAGCUCUCCGGCCCCUGCGGGCUCCCCAGACUGCAGGGGCCCUGCAAGGCGUACGAGCCGCGCUGGGCCUACAGCGCCGCGCUGCUGCAGUGCCAGUCCUUCAUCUACGGCGGCUGCCACGGCAACGACAACAACUUUGAGUCCAAGGAGGCGUGCGAGGAGAUGUGCCCCUUCCCCAGGAACCACCACUGCAAGGCCUGCCGGUCCCGGGGCCGCAUGGUGACCAGCUUCUGCCGCAGCGACUUUGUGAUCCUGGGCCGCAUGACGGAGCUGACGGAGGACGGGGACUCGGGCCACGCCCUGGUGGCCAUCGAGGAGAUCCUGAAGGACGACAAGAUGGGGCUGCACUUCUUCGGCCGCGAGCCCCUGGAGGUGACCUUCGCGGGCAUGGACUGGAGCUGCCCCUGCCCCAACGUGAGGGGGGCGGCGGCCGAGGGCCAGGUCAUCGUCAUGGGCCACGUCAGCGAGGGCGCGGCCGUGCUGCGGCCAGAGAGCUACGUGGGGGCGUCCAGCCCGCGCCGCCUACGGAAGCUGCGGGAGGUCAUCUCCAAGAACACGUGUGACAUUCUGAAGGACAUCACCAACAGCCCGCAGUGAGGAGGCCGCCAGCAGCCGGAGAAGCCUGACCCCACGCCGGAGCUCAAAAUAACACAACUCUAUGUUGUUUUAGGAGCUUAUUUUGUUAUUUUGUUUUUUUAAUGUGACCUUUACAAUAACAUUUACAUUAACAUUUACAUUUAAGGCAUUUAGCAGACGCUUUUAUCCAAAGCGACUUAGAAUAAGUGCAGAAGUCGGAAGAAAGAGAAACAAUCUGUGGGGUACACUAAGGAUGUUCAUAGAACCAAGUGCCAGACACUAACAAUCACUAAGUUAUCCCAUUCCCCGUAUACAACAGAGACAGCUAGGAUAAGAUGCUACACAAUGCUGAGUACUAUUUGGACUAUGAGCUAAGGACUUUGAUCAACUCUCGCGGUGGAAGAGAUUUUCUGUUUCUGUUUUUGGGUUUCCUCACAGUUGUGGUUUAUUGAAAUACUGUGUUGGCGAACACCGGUCGGUCGCACUCUUUUUAUGAAGGACAAACAGGAAACCCUGGUUGUUUUGAUAACUGUGCGCUGCAUUAAACACUUCAAAGUCUGAACCCGGUGGCUGUCUAAUACAGAUGGCUUCAUUAUGGCCCACACACACAGUGUUCAGGAGGAUAGGUUUGUGCACAUGGAUAAAUUGUAAUUUAUUUUAUUAAUCUGCAUUCAUUAUAUUGCAGGCUUUUUGUGUGAUGCUUUGAUGUCAUUGCUUGUUAUUUGUAUUUUUUGUUGCUAUUUAUGAUUAAAAACUGUCUCUGAUUUUUAA